CCUCCAACAAAGACUUAUUUUCUGCCUGGCAAAAAAUGUAAUGUGGCCACAAGGAUGGACCAUCACCUUUAAUUGUCAGUGGGUAUUCAAGACAUCAUGCUGUUCACAUGACAUUAAAUACGGAAAGAAUCAGAAGUGGGAGAGUCACAGAGAACAGACCUUCAAAGGGCAGGUCUGAGAGUUUUAACAUCACUAAAAUCACACACAAGCUGCACUGAAUUGUGAGAACGAAAGAAGCCUGAGAGAGUUCAUUGGAGGUAUUUUGUGUUGAAAACAAAAACGUACAAAUCCAAAUAUAAUGCAGAGACCAAGACAAGUGCAGAAACUACUCUUUCUGCUCCUGGCUCAACUUUUAAAAAUUGUUUUUUGUGAUGAAGGAGCUGAACAUAAACAAAGUCAUGAAGGUGCUAAACCUGAACAUUGGAGUUAUAAAGAUCAAGACUGGAAGAAAGACUAUCAUUAUUGUGAUGGGAAGUCACAAUCUCCUAUCAAUAUUGAAACCAGCAAAGCCACGUUCAAUAAAAACCUUCCUAAAAUCAAACUUGAGGGAUACAAUUUACCAGAAACAACUUCACUCAAUUUAACUAAUAAUGGACACACAGUUAAACUUUCCCUCCCAAAUUCAAUGGCCAUAAGCAGUGGGUUGUCACAGAUCUAUCUUGCAGCUCAGCUGCAUUUUCACUGGGGAUCAGAGGGCUCUCCAGGGUCAGAGCACACAGUGGAUGGUACACAGUAUGCUGCUGAGAUGCAUGUUGUUCAUUAUGCUUCCAAAUAUGGAAGUUUUGAAGAUGCAGCGAUGCAAGCAGAUGGUCUUGCUGUUCUGGCAGUUCUAUUUCAGGAGGGACCACAAGACAAUAAAAAUUACAAUCCCAUUUUUGAUAAACUUGAAGAUAUUUCUGAAGAAGGUGUCAAGGUGCAAAUUCCUGGUUUUGACAUAGGCACUUUGUUACCCCAUCAGCUGUACCGAUUCUUCCGAUAUGAUGGAUCCCUGACAACUCCACUCUGUUUUCAAACCGUUACCUGGACUGUCUUCAAUGAUACUGUCCAGCUUUCGAAAGCACAGCUGUACAAAUUAGAGACCAGUUUAAAGACGAGCCAACACACGUUGGAGUCUAACUUCAGACAUAUCCAACCACUCAAUGGAAGGAAUGUGUAUUCUUCAUUUUCAGCAACGCUGGCCUCAAGAAGAAUGAUUCAUACAGAGGACAUUGCUGAAUCAGAUGGAGAAUACAAAUCAGAUGGCAACCAAGUCACUUUAGGUGACAUUCUGGCCAUUAUAUUUGGGAUCCUGUUUGGAUGCACGGUUUUGGUCUUUGUAAUUUAUGUGUUGCGACAAAGGAAAAGACGAAGCUUAACUACUGAAGGUGGACAGAAGGUGAUUUAUAAACCAACGACUACAAUGGAGGCAUGAGACUGCAGUGAAUAUCUACUUCUUCCAAAUCUGGAACUGAAAAUGGCUGAUCGAACCAAAGUUAUUGAUUUCUAGAGAACAAGCUGUUUGCUUGUUCUCUGCCAUUGUCAGAUUUGGUUCAGUUAUUGUGCUUAUAUACAUAUUAUCUUGUUCGUUAUUAAUAGAAAAUGUUGCAGCAUCAAUCUGUUGUGAUCUGAAUGCAAAGGGUAAAAAUGACAGGGUACAGGAUGAAGUGGAGUUUACCAUUCAGAUCUCUUCUAUCUACCUUGCCAUAGCCUAAUCCUCUGUUAAACCUAUUACAGAUAGGCAUCCACUAUGCUAUGGGGUUGAGGAAUGGUUCCCUUAUCUGCAUUGGAGUAAAUUGACCACUGUAAAUUGCCCUUCAUAUGUAGAUGAAUGGUAGACUCCAGGGACAGAGGCACUUCAUGGGAAUGUGGGGAAAAAAAAAUUGGGUUAGGUUAGGGCUAAUGUAUGUAAUGCUUGAUUGUUAGUGGGCCAAGGGGCUCGUUUAUAUUCUGUAUAUCUUCGACUCUAAAAAGAAAAAGCAGUAUAGCUGGUAAAUUAGGGAUAGAGGCAGAAGAAACUUCAGGUACAGGAACUUAAAGCAAAAUACAAGCUGCUGAAAGAACACAGCAGGUCAGACAGCAUCUGUGAGGGAAAAGGAUAAUGGACAUCGUACUGUAGUUAAACAACUUCAAGUGAAUAACUGAAUGCUUAUCAAAACUUUUUUUAUUUUGCAUUCAUAUUCUAUCCUCAAUAUGUCAGGAAAAUAUUACUGAUAGUUGUGGGAAAAGGAAUGUGGUUGAACAGUAUUUGGGAAUAUUACUGAACGGGAGUGAUGCUGAUUAUCCACAGGGUUACACGUGUAAAAUGUGUUUGGUAGGGAUAGUUGGAUGUUGUGGCAUUAGGAUUUGCAUAGAUAAAUACUUAUGUUCUUGGACUGAUCAGUACUAAGAAUUGACAAGUUUGACACAGUGAAUGUGUUUUAACAGCAUUAUUGCAGCUCGUGUUUCUGUUACAGUGUAGGUGUUUUUUGAGAGUCACGAAAAACUGUAAUUUCAAAUCAGCAGAUAAGACUCCAAGUCUUAUUGCCUUCAGGGAAAUGCUACAAUAAUUUGCAUUAUGUAUACAAUGGUAUUUAAUUCAUGAAGUCUCAAUGGGUUUCAUAGUUUAAUUUAGAUGGGGAAACGGAUUUAUAAAAAGAAUGGGAAAAUGACUGGAUAAAUUUAAGUGAGAGUUAUCUAGAGAGUGGAGCUGAAGGUUUGAUAUUCUGAUGGGGUGAAGGGACCCAAAGCGAUUGUUGGGUAGAUUCAAACCUGGCAGAAGAUGGCAACACAGAAUGAGGCAGCUCUUAGAAGAACUGAAAAACAAGGCUGAAUACUUUGAAUUUAUAAUUUUGACAGACAGAUUAACCUGGUGGGUUGGACCGAAUAGGAUUAGUUUUAACCUAGGUUCUAAUAACAUGUGAAAUUACAUCCACAAUUUGUUACUUUGUAUGGAUUUUACUUUGCAGGGGCAUAUUAAAGGAACUAUUUCAAAGCACAGCAUUAAAAUUGAACAAAAGAAUCGCUCUGAUUUCAAAAUGUCUUGGCAAUACCAUUGACAGUGAAUAAAAUCUUCCUCUUCAAAGGUGUUUUUCUGUUAUCUAAGUUUCUU